AUGUUGUCUGGUUCGCAUACGAUCACAUAUCACUCAGUCAAUGUGAUGCUUCAUUGUGCCGUAACUGUGCUCGUUUAUUACGUAUUGCGCGAUUUUGCAACGAUCGACUUCGAGUGCAAACGACCUACUGCUGUUGCUUUCUAUGCAGCACUCAUUUUUGCUGUCCAUCCGGUUGCAAAUAUAGUUGGUCGAGCUGAAUUGCUAAUGGCGACAUUCAUGUUGAUGGUUAUCAAAUUGUAUAUAGGAUGUAUAAAGAGAAACUAUUUCACAUCGUUGGAUAAGAGUUUUUUGAUAUUGUUCGCCUUUAUGGCACUGUUGAGCAAGGAACAAGGAAUUGCAACAUUGCCUGUAUGUGCCAUAAUUGAUCUUUUAUCGAACGGGUUUUCACCAUAUCGUUUUUGUGAUGCACUGAAGCAGAGACAUCUAGACAAGCACAACAACAACAGAUCUGAUGACGAUAAUACGGCACGAUUGAACAGAUAUUUGUCAUCGUUGGCUCGCGCAACGCAAUGUGCUGUUGCGACUGCACUAAUGCUUCUUAUACGAUUGCAUAUAAAUGCCUUCAAAUCUCCGAAUUUUUCUGCAUUCGAUAAUCCGAUUGCAUUUCAUCCAUCAUUAUUUUACAGGAUCGUCAACUACUGGUAUUUAAUUCUUCUGAAUCUGUGGCUGUUGGUUUAUCCAUCGAAGUUAUGUUUCGACUACUCAAUGGGUUGCAUCAGCGUUAUUGAAUCAUUAUGUGAUUAUCGAUUCUAUAUCACUAUCUUAUUCGUCGCGAUUCUUGCGUUUGCAAUCUAUAAAUGCAGCACAUCUCACGCAUUUGAAUUUAAUCGAUUGAUAUGUUUCGGGUUGGCGAUAGGAUUGCUGACAUUUUUACCAGCGAGUAAUCUGUUCGUCACGGUCGGUUUCGUUAUCGCUGAACGUGUUCUCUACUUGCCAUCGCUUGGCUUCUGCAUUUUGAUGGCGGUCGCUUUCGAGAAACUUCAAAAUCACUGUUUCUUCUAUAUGCACAAUGAAAGAUUCCGAUUUGUGGCAUUCAUAUUGCUAUUGCUCGCCGCGACGAAAUCAAUGAAGCGUUGCGCUGAGUGGAAAACCGAGCUUGAAUUGUACCGGAGCGGUUUGGAUGUGUGUCCAAGUAAUGCUAAAAUUCAUUACAAUCUCGGUAAAGUUCUAGCUGACAGUGGUGAUCCGUUGACAGCUGAAAACAGUUACAAGAGUGCGAUACGGCAAGUCACAUGGAUAUUUUUGAUGGUUAGAAGAGAUUUCAGACUUAAUCCAUCAUACGAUCAUGCGAUGAAUAAUUUGGCAAAUAUUUAUCUGCUUCGGAGACGCUAUGAAGAGGCCGAAAAACUGCUCCGGAAAUGCGUUGAAAUACGUCCCAGUUUUGCAGCUGCAUGGAUGAAUCUUGGACUCGCUUUACUGGGUCAGCGGAAAUAUAAGGAGUCUGAAGAAAGUUUUCGAGUGUCACUUAGUAUUCGACCGAACUAUGCGGAUUGUUUGUACAAUAUGGGUAAUUUGUAUUUGCAACAAAAUGAGAAGCAUUCGGCGGAAUCAAUUUGGCGUAACGUGACGAGAAUCCAACCGAAUCAUGAACGAGCUUGGGUGAAUCUAUUGGUUUUACUUGAUGAAGUUGGUGAUUGCGAGGAAGUGAUCGAGUUAGGUGAUGACGCCCUUAAACACCUGAAGAACAACUCUGCUAUUCACUUCCAAAUCGGCACCUGUUUCGGAAAGAUGAAACUCUUCGAGGAAGCUGAAGAACAUCUUCGUAAAGCGAUCGUAUUGCACGCAGAUAACGCGCUUUAUUGGACUAAUUUAGCGAUUCUGUAUCAACGUUGGAAUCGAAUUCGGGAUGCAAUCAACGCCUAUCGAAUAUCACUGAAAUUGCAACCAAACUUAAAAAGUGCACGAGAGAAUCUUGAAAAUUUGAUAAAGAAUAGUCAGAAAAGCUUUUCUUAA